CCCCUACCGAGGCUUAAGCCCUUGUCAUUUGCCAUUCGCCGCCAUGGCGGCCAAGCUAUCGAGGGAUGCAACGGAGCUGGCGGAAGCUGGUCACUUCCGCAAGGCGGCGCAGCUUUUCGCCAAGGCCGCCGAGCAGGAUCCAUCCAACGCAAAGCAUCAGGAAGCGCGCGCUCAGUGCUUGCUGGAGCUCGAAGACUUCGAGGAGGCACUGAGCGCUGCCCAAGUUGCUACGGGCCUGGACGCUGCGUGGCUGCCGGGCCACGCCACGCUUGGACGUGCACAGCUCAAUGCUGGUCGGCUGCAGGAUGCGGUUGCCAGCUUGACGGCAGCUCUACGCCUGGCAGAGGCAGACAAGAUGAAGGACUGGCAGCAAGAGCUGUCGCAGGAGCUGGAUGAGGCACUCAACCUACUGCAAAGGCACUGGGCAGAGCAUCACGAUGUUCUGCUGCCGCUGAAAGUGGGCAAUCUACGUAUUCGCCAGGCGCUGGACUGCCGGUACUGCCAGCUGCAAGGGGAGCUGGGCCCUGGGGGCGCGCUCUGGGCUGCCGGCGCAGUUCUGGCGCAAUGCCUUGGGAAGGCGUACGAAUCCAAAAGGGUCUUAGAACUGGGCUCCGGCACUGGGGCGGCGGGCCUGGCUGCGGCUGCGCAAGGAGCACAGGUACUCUUGACAGAUCGGGACUCGCUGCUGCCUUUGCUGCGGCUCAACACGGAGCUGAACCAGAAGAUGUUAUUCUCCUCGAAGGGAGCGGCAGAAGUGUGCGGCUUUGACUGGCUGGACCCGCCAGAGCAAGUGUUGAGGCAAACCUUUGACGUGGUGAUCGGGGCGGAUUUGGUUUACUCCUUCGCGGCGGUGGAGCCAUUUGUCACGGCCCUGUCUGCGGUUCUUUGCCGGGAGAGGGAAGCUGCAGCGCCCGUCAUGAUCUACGCCCAUUUCCCGCGCUUCCCAAAGCUGGAUGACGACAUGCUGGCGGCUCUGACGACCAAAGGUUUGGGCGCCAGAGAGCUGCCCGUCAGCGAAGUGUCGGCUGUGGGGCAGAUCCCUUUAGAGAUGAUUCAGCGGGUGAAGCUGCUGGAGAUCCGGAGGUCAAGCUGACGCACCGGCGAGAGAAAAAAAGACUCCAUUUGCUGACGGGGUCCGUCAGUUCACCUCGGCGUUUUGUUAUUGGAUUUUGACA